AUGACCGAAAGGGAGGUUUCGCCCAGUCGCCCAGGAACGCCUAGCUCAUUCGAAUGUCACGUGACACUCGAGGGUGGCCGCAGCUCAGCUAUGGACCUUUUACCUUCUAAUCUGCGGCGUUCCAAAAAAGAACACCUUUAUGAAACCGAAGAAUACCAGAGGGCAAUUUUUGACGCAUCCUUCCUUCGGGCCGAGAACGCAUGGCUCCGUAAAAUUCGAAAAUCUGCCCUUGUCCUCCAGGAAGAAACCCUUCACCCCUCGAUAGAUAUUCUCUCUAAAGGCACCAAAAGCAUCCACGAUUCUCUUACUCGAUUCUAUAUCGCAUUCGGCGCCAUUGAACAGACUAUUCGAUUCCUACAGCAACCAGUUCUAGCUGAUGUCGAGGCGACCCUUCAAGAACUCACCCUCGCAUUUGAGAUUUGUCGCGAGGGUCUGGAGGAAGUGCGUCACGCGACUAAAAUCGUCGAAACUGGUCAAAAUUCCUUCACUCUCCAGACUUUGCGGUCUAACCGGAGUUACGAAAGCUUUUUUGGAAUUAGCUAUGACGAGACAACGCCGGCAUCAUGGUUUAAUUGGUCAGAUAGUGCGCGAGUGAAAUCGUGA